AUGAUACUAUGCUAUUUGUUUCUCUCAUUUCUACUAUCGGAAGUGUCCUCGCUGGGGUGUAUUCCUCAAAUUUGCGCUGAUAACCGGGAAAACCGUUUGAGGGGAUGUCCCGAUUCGGACGGUGGUUGUGGGCACUAUCAAGGCGAGAGAUCUGAUGGAGAGAUCGUCGACGCAGUGGACAUCGUUUGCUCGCGCGGGCAAGUCAUUUAUGCUCCAUUUGACGGUGAAAUGUACUACUUUAAACCAUUUGGAGGAGCCGAGGACAAAGAGUGCGCUGAUGAGGGAGCUCGAAUUGAAGGAUCUGGACAAUGGCAGGGAUACGUUGCUCACAUCGCUAGCGUCAAACUCGACUUUUAUGGUGGCAAAGUGAAGAAAGGAGAUCCGAUUGGGAAAGCUAUCGAUCAAGGCUGCACCCUUCCAUCCGAUCAACGAAGUGCCACUCCGUCGAUUGAAAUGAAAUUGUUCCGCGAAGGGAAACCCGUUGAUCCGACGUUUCACCUAAGAGAAUGCAUGUGCACUGGUCAGAUCUGCGAAUCGAACUCGAAAAACACGUUUCUCGGGAAUCCGUUCAAGUCCGACAAACGUUUCAACGGCGUUCGCGGCUGGGAUUUGGAGUGUCGAAUGGUCGAGGAAGAUGGAGAAAGCCCGAAAGCCCCAUUGAUCUAUUCACCGAUUGAGGGAGAGCUUAUUGGCCGCACUCGGCUUGCUUUUGACGCAAACGGAGCGUAUUCGGGUUGCGAAAACGAUGGGAUUUUCAUCGUCGGUACAAGGGAUUGGGCUGGCUUCGAAGUUCGUAUCUACAACGUUCGGGUCAGAGCCGAGCUCGAGUUUGGGCGCCAAAACAUUAUCCAAGGCCAGCCGAUUGCUCGACGUCUUUCAUGCGAAUCGGCGCCCGACUCCGUAUUUCUCGAGAUUCGUUACGAGGGCAAAGUGGUCGAUGUUUCCGAUAUGAUUUCGGCCAAUAAAUGUCAAUUGCCCGAGGAUUUAAAGCUCGCU